AGUGUAAAAAAAAAAAAAGUCCAAAAAUGUCAUUUCCGGCAAACAUGGCUGUGUUGUGUUGCGGCUAAUCGCAAAACAACAAAGCGUUUUUUCUUUGUAUUUUCACACUUUAGUUCCAAGGUGUGAUUUUAAUCUGCUUUUUCUCGCUCGACUGCAAUUUCCUGCAGUUUGUUUUCCAACGCCAUGGAGACAGAAGAGCAGGCGAGGAACCGCUUCCAGUCGGAGUUGGAGUUCAUUCAAUGUUUGGCAAAUCCAAACUAUCUCAACUUCCUUGCUCAGAGAGGCUUCCUGAGGGAGAGAACCUUCAUCAACUACCUGAAGUAUUUGCUCUACUGGAAGGAGCCCGACUACGCCAAAUUUCUCAAGUACCCCCACUGCCUGCACAUGCUGGAGCUCCUGCAGUACGAGCACUUCCGCAAGGAGCUGGUCAACGCCCAGUGCGCCAAGUUCAUCGACGAGCAGCAGCUGCUGCACUGGCAACAUUACUCCAGGAAGAGGACGCGUCUGCAGCAGGCGCUGGCCGAGCAGCAGCAGGCGCAGCAGAUGGCGGCGCCGUCGCACGGCAACGCCGCCGCCAAGUGACGACCAUCACGUUUUCUCCGCACUGUUGGCGGCGACGCUAGGGAAGUUGAACGCCUUCCCUUUAAAAUGUUGUUUUUUUCGAACAGGUUGUUUUAGGCUCCAACUUUCAUUUUUGUUGAUCACAUUCUCACACCAAGUUGUUCCAUUUUUGCAUUAAAAAGCCCAAAAGUGUCAAAAA